UGUUCAUUUCCGUUGUAAAUUUUCACAUUCCCGCCAUCAUCGCGCAGUGUUGCAAGGCGUCGUGUAUGGGUACAGUGUCAACAACACACAUAUUGGGGAGCAGGUGAACGCCGGCAAAACAAACUUUCUGCUCUAGGAGGACCUACGAAAACGAUACUGUAAUUUCAAAGUGUCAAGACGGGUACAUAUCAUCGACAGGAUUUGUUCGUUCACAAGUCCCAUCCUCCAAAGUGCACCAACUGGAUAGUAAGCCAUGGCAACCAUAGUGCCCAAACUCUCCAGCGGUGGUGCUAUUAAGAUCCGCUUUACCAGCAUAGACCUGGGCACCACCAGAUGGAAAGAAGGAACAUUUGAGAUUCUGGAAAAGGACAACAAAGUCAACCUCUGUCUACGGUUCAACUGUGGCGGAGCUUCCAAAACUUUCCAGCUUAACCAGAAUGUCAAGAACAUUUACCAGAAUCUGAAUCGAAUCAUGCUGACUUUGAAGGACAACAGUGUCAUCACCUUGGAUAAGAUGCCCCCGACUUUGCUUCAGAAGACUAAAGAAUACCUGGAAAAGCUGAAGCAAGGAAAGCCAAUUUUAAAAUCAUCCCAUGGAAGUGCAAACUUCAGUGUGCUUGGGAACCGCUCUGUGAAAAAUGAGACCAGUCCAUCAGGAGAGAGACAAACUCCUAACAUCUUCCAGACAACACCAAGGCGACAGAGUGCAGAAAGUCGGGAGGACACAACACCACGGAAGCCUCUGGGCAGUCCAAGCAGAGCAGCCUCCACUCCCACUCGCACUGGACACUCCGAGAACAGAAGCGAGAAGAGAAAGAGGCUCCUUAAUUCUGAAAGUGACCUAACUGAAGACUAUCCCAAGGAAAAUGACUCCUCAAGCAACAACAAGGCCACUUCUGACCCAUCCAGGAAAUUUCUAAUGAGCUGCAAAGAGAAGCUGAAGCAGACAGAGGAGAACAGGAGCUCAGCUCCACUUGGUUCAACUCCCCUUCAGCCAUCGUCAUUCUAUGGCAGUCGAUCUGUGACUAAAGACUACACCCAGAGCCAUUCCUUUCUGGACAGGCCAUCCAGUACAGCACAGACCACCACAGCCAAGAGAAGCCUCAUGCUGCCCAAUCACUCAACUCCCUUCAAGAAGGUACGUCCCUCUCUGGACUAUGGCGGAUGGAACAAGCAGAGGCCCUCCACUCUGGCACAGCCUCAGCCACCACUGCAAGGAUUUUCCAACCUGGGCAACACUUGCUACAUGAAUGCCAUCCUGCAGUCACUCUUCAGCCUUCCCUCCUUCUCCAAUGACAUGCUGAGGCAGAGCAUCCCGUGGAAGAAGGUGCCCAUCAAUGCAUUGCUCAGGCGUUUUGCUCACCUUAUGGUCAAGAAAGACGUAGGCUGUCCAGAGACAAAAAAGGACCUCUUGAGGAAAGUGAAGAGUGCAAUCUCCUCCACAGCUGAGCGCUUCUCUGGAAACAUGCAGAAUGAUGCUCAUGAGUUCCUGAGCCAGUGUUUGGACCAGUUGAAGGACGAUGUGGAGAAAAUGAACAAGAACUGGACAAAUGAAGCUGCAGCCUCCUCAUCGUCCUCUGUGGUGUGUGAGAAUGGCCAGGAGGCAACGUCAUCGACACUCAGGGCAGAGCCUGGUGAAGAGGUGGACACCUCUCGCAUCUACACCUGCCCUGUGGCAGUUAACAUGGAAUUUGAGGUGCAGCACACCAUCAUCUGCAAAGGCUGUGGCGAGGUGGUGACCAAGCGAGAGCAGUUCAAUGACUUGUCCAUUGACCUACCACGCAGAAAGAGAACCCUCCCACUUCGCUCUAUCCAGGAUUCUCUUGAUCUCUUUUUUAGGAUGGAGGAAAUUGAGUACUCAUGUGAAAAGUGCAAUGGGAAAGCGGCGACUGUUACGCAUAAAUUCAGCAAAUUGCCCAGAGUGCUCAUCCUUCACCUCAAACGGUACAGCUUUAAUGCUCAGCUGUCUCUGAACAGCAAGCUGGGCCAGCAGGUGGUGAUUCCUCGAUACCUGACCCUGCUGUCGCACUGCACUGAAUCAACACGACCCCCUAUUAGUCUCGGAUGGAAUUCCCAAGCCUCCAUGUCCAGAACACUCAAAACGUCACAGUCGGUCAACUCUUCCACAGCACCUCUCCGAAGGAUUGGAGGGAAAGUGGCAAACUCCAGCUGCACCUCUAUCCUCGUGGACUCUGACUGUGAAGAGGAGCCUAACCGAAGGGUGUGCGCAAGCCGCAAGCGACGCCUCAGCAGCUGUCUGCCUGACGACGAUGACCGACUGGAGGAACGGGGAGCACCAAUAGAUUCAGCAGACUUCAGUGGCAUAAAUGAUGAUGAAAUGCUGGCAGCAGUGCUGGAGAUGAGUCGUCAAGAGGCUGGCCUCUCCGCUCCACCUCCCCUGGAGGAUGAGCCCACCAGCAGUCCAGACACAGGGUUUGGAGACACAGAUGCCAAUGACCUGGCCUAUCACACAGAUCUGCUGGAAACAGACAGCAAACAACCUACAGACGUGCUUGAUUCCUUGGACUUGACCAUGGAUGAGAACAAGGAGAACCAGACUCCAGAGGGUGUGCAGCAGCAGGGCGAGCUGGACUGGGUUCAGCAGUACAGUCUGGAUCAGGAGAGGGAGGAACAAGAGCUGCAGCAGGCUCUGGCCCAGAGCCUUCAAGAGCAUGAGGCCCAAGAGAUGAGAGAGGAUGACGAUCUGAAGAGGGCCACUGAGCUCAGCUUGCAAGAGUUUAACAACUCCCUGCCUGAGCUGCUGUGCUCAGAUGAUGAUUCUGGCAAUGAGGACGUGCUGGACAUGGAGUACACUGAGGCAGAGGCUGAAAACCUGAAGAGGAAUGCUGAGAGCGGAGACUUGGCCAACUCUUUUAGACUCAUCAGUGUUGUCAGUCACAUUGGGAGCAGCUCCUCCUCUGGUCACUACAUCAGUGAUGUGUAUGACAUGAAGAAGCAGUCAUGGCUGACUUACAAUGACCUGGACGUGUCACGCACACAGGAAGCAGCUGUCCAGCGAGAUCGUGACCGCAGUGGAUACAUCUUCUUCUACAUGCACAAGGAUGUGUUUGAACAGCUGUCGGAGAUGGAGAGAGCUGGAGCCAGCAGCACUUCAGAGGCAGGAAGAAACGUCCUGCAGCCCCUUUGAGUGCUACGUCUUUGGACGCCCAUCCACACACACUCAUCCACCGCUGAACUCUCUGCUAGAUGGACCUCUCCUCUGAACAACCUUGAGUACUACUGAUUGCCGUCCUUUUUUGGUCGUCUUCAGGCACUUCUUCUCCUCUACAAAUCAUUAAAUGCCAGGCUUAAUUAGCACCUGUAAAUGACAACACAAGUGCUAAUCUGUCAAGACUUUAAGAUACCAGAAAUGCAGUUAAAAAUGUUCGGUGGAUCAAAUUUUGCCUCCAUGUUUUUGGGGCGGGAGUUUUUCUUUGCUAUGUUUUUAUCAUACAACAGUUUUGUAAAGGUUUUUUCUUUUGUUUGUUUCUUGAUACUCUUCUUUCAACUUUAAUGCCAUUCAUUCAGACUUUGACUUAAAAGCAACUAUCAAACACCAGAUGCUACUGGUGCUUCAUGGAUUGUAUGUUUUGCAGACCCUUUAUUUCCCAUAUAAACUAAAUAAAGAUAUAUUCUAUGUUGGAGUAUAAGCUAUUAUAGAGUUAAAGGGUUGUUGUAUUUAGCGGGUACAUUUGGUGCAAUAUUGAUGUUCUGGCACAGAUUAGCCAAUUCUUAUCAGCUUUCUGUCAGUGUGUGGAUGUUUUCCCAGUUUCUUUUUGUGCUUGACUUAUAAGCUAAUUUGUG